CCCGUGAGUGCGCCAAGGAUUCACACUUCACGUGCGAGGUGUGACUUCUCACUUGUCCACCAGGCCAACUUCCAACUCCUUACAAAUAAAAUACCGGUGUGGACUUCUCUCAAUUUCUGAGAUGCAAAUUUAUCUUGUUCAAAUUCAAGGUUCAUCAAGACCAAUGUAUUAAGCCCACAUCGAAAGAAAAUGGCAAGUUAUUGGGUGUGCUAGUCUGUGGUCGUGGUCUACCUGUGACCUGGUUCAUACAUAGUGAGGGUGGGGUUGGUGAAAAACUGCUUUGAAAUUGGAUAAGUUUUUCCAUAACUUGCUUAUGAGACGGCCAGCCGAACAAUGACGUCAAGAAUUCCAUUCCUUCCCGAUCUCUUCGUCAGCGCCCCUUCAAAGGCUGGAUUGUACAAGAAGGAAGUUGUCUUAGGCCAAGGUGCGUAUGGAACAGUUUACAAGGCGAAAGACAUAACUGACCCCACCCGUUACGUCGCUCUGAAAAAAGUUAUAAUUCCAGUUGGCGAAGAAGGAAUUUCCUAUCCUAUCUUAAGGGAAAUUGCCUUAGUUCGUCAACUGGAUAGAUUUAAGCAUCCUAACGUUGUCCGGAUUCUCGACGUUUGUCACGGACCUAGAGUUGAUCAAAGUCUCACAAUCUUUCUCGUUUUUGAGUUUGUUGAAAGGGAUUUAGCGAAAUAUAUUUGGGAAACGCAGCGAGAUGAGUCGUGGCCUGCCAAAGUUAAGGACAUAAUGUUUCAAUUGUUAUGCGGAGUGGAUUUUCUCCAUAGUCAGCGGAUAGUCCACCGCGAUUUAAAACCACAAAACAUCCUAAUUUCUGGUACUGGUGAAGUGAAGAUAGCUGAUUUUGGAUUAGCCAAGGUUUACGAUUUCACCAUGAGGCUGACGAGUGUUGUAGUAACCCUUUGGUACAGAAGUCCAGAAUUGUUGCUGGGCUGUACAUAUGCCACUCCUAUUGACAUGUGGUCCGUGGGUUGCAUCUUCGCCGAACUGGUCGACAGACAGCCACUAUUCCCAGGAGCAACAGAGAGAGAUCAAUUAGAAAGAAUCUUCGAAAUUAUUGGAACACCCAAACGGGAACAGUGGCCAGCCGAAUCUCGAGUUCUCCCCACCAACUUCUCUCCGAGAAUGGGACCAUAUCUUCAAGAAGUAUUCCCUGCACUUGAUGAGCAAGCAAUCUCCUUGCUGGAAAAGACGCUUAAGUUCAAUCCACUUGAACGAAUCAAUGCUCGUGAUGCCCUGUUGCAUCCUUAUUUCGAUGGACGAGCAAUACCUCCAGUACAUCUUAGCGUUCCGCCAGCAAGCGCCAUGCUUCCAGUUGGGUCACCAAGUCAUUCAGGAUCAUCAGAACUUUAUACUUUAACUCCCUUGACAUCAGUGUCCUUUAAUCCAUCCAUCUCCUCCGACGAUUCUGGAUAUGGUUCCCUGGUUUCCCAAUUACAUGAUAUCGUACCAGAUAUCGUAGACUUAUCGUAGACCUAUCUUGAUAUCGUAGACUUCGUACCAAAUUUGGUACUAAUUCUUCGAAAUAACAUCAUUACAGUCUAAUAUAUUCCGUAAGAUUUAAGUGUGAUGACUGACUAAGCGACAGUGAAUUAUAAAGACGAGCUUUGAUUUAACCACAAAUCAAUCCAAAUAUAUUUUUAGCCGUUUUAAAACCACUAGAACAAUUCAAUUUCUACUGCAUGCAUAGUAGAAUAAUAGAAUUUUUUGGUUUUAGAAAUGACCCUGAUAGAUAUGUGACCAAUUACCUGACGUGAAUGUUUAUAAUUUAUCGAAGAAAAUGUAUUAAGUUUUUAUCUGUGUAGAAUAUCGAGGGUAUAGACACGUUCGAAAGUUUAGUGGAUUUUGUAUGACAACAUGAUAAACACGGUGCAUGUCAUCAUCAUUAUCACGACAAACUGAGAUUAGUGUUACUCUAGUCCCUCUCGAACUUCACAUAUAAUUAAUUACUAAUAUUUAAUAUUCUCAUCAUAUUAUGACUACCCCUCUCAUUGCCACAAAUGUCCCUGGUAUUAAGUUAUCAUUUAAGUAUUACAACUUGUUUGUUUUUUUAUAAGAAGAGAAAAUAGUCUGACGCUUGAAAAUGAAGUGCUAUAUUGUGGCUUUCAUAACUAGGUACGCUUAAUGAACUUAAUGGUAUUAUACAUUUAAGAAUCUUUUGUGACUUUAUUUAAAUAUGUUAAGCAUUAUUUGACUAAAUAUUAUGACCAGAAGUACUGUGAAAUAGACAUGAUAUUACUAUCUUUAAAGUAGUUAAAACAAAUUUCCCAGAUUUGGUAUGCAUGAAAUGUUUUAUAUUUACUCUGUAUAUUCAUUACUAUUUGAAUGAUGGGCAUUAUUAUGACAUAUCUUUUAUAUUGUAUAAUGCCGUUCUUUUUUAUUUCAUAUAGUUUAACUAUAGAUUUUGUUUAUUUCAUAAAAUAUUGUCAGGUUUGAAUGUAUUUAAUUAACUAUUCCAUUUAGGAGUGACAUAUUUUUACAAAAUUAUUACGUAAUUAAGGCUUUGCUGCUUAUUACUGUUUUUUAAUAAAAGAACGUCGAGUAACGUCUUGUAGUCGUGAA